UCCCCGAGCGCGGACACUGUCAUGGAUUUUUUUGUGCCGCUGAACUUAGCGUGUUUUUAGAACGAUGUAUGGCAAUCUUCCGGCAUUGUUUUGAAAUGUCGAAAAAAGUUUGUACUGGAAGUUCCCCAGAAAGAAGCUGCUUUUUACGUGUAACUCAAUAUACCUGCAUGUUCUUUGUCAAACCUGUGGUACUUGUUACUGUGGUUUGUUGUGCAUAGAUGCAAUGGAUGACUAUGUUCAGCAUGUCCCGAGUGAGAAUUACUACACAUAAAUGCGGAAAGCGAUGCGCUUGAUCGAGACCUGCUCAAUGAUAAUGCGCUCGAUGAAGGCCCACGCGAGCCGGACCUGACGGGUAGAAAUCUGGCGGAAGACAGAAGUCUCGUAAUUUACCGCCAACGUCUGCUGUCAAAAGGCGAUUUCAUCACGUAUCCGAGUACUCAUGGACCAUGGAAGAAAUCCGUACGGUGGGUCAGAAGGAAGAAAAAGAGACCAACUACACGUGCUUUUACAAACCAUAACAGCGCAUCGAAGAAGGACCACAGUCCGUUUAAGCAGGCGACAGCUUCUUUCGGAAGCACUCGACGAGCUACGACGUCGAAAUUCGUUGUGUGGAUUAGAAGAAAGAAAACUAAAGCGGCCAAAAAGCGCAGUACUGCCGGGACAACUUUUCCUACAACACAAAAGAGGCUUAAGGUAAUUUGGCGUCUAAGAAAGAAAACAAGAGCGACUUUUCCUACAACAAAAAAGAGGUUUAAGGUAAUUUGGUAUCUAAGAAAGAAAACAAGAGCGACGCCUUUCAAGCGAACGUCAACAUCUGCUGUGCGCCCUAUUGCUUCUGCGAGACACACUACCUCCAGAAAACCACUCAAUAUUAAUAGUACAAGUAUGCGGUUCACAGUCACCUUCCGCACCACACUAUCAAAACGUGGGAUUCGAAAGAAGGAAUCGAGAAAAAACAUGUCAAGUGGCACAGUACCUCCGAAGAGCAUGUUGCCACUGACCUCAAGUGUAGCAGCGCGUAGAAGUUCGGGAGAUCCCAGGUCUACUAAUCACGUAGGGAAGUUCACGAGGUCACAUAACGUUGCAAGACUCACGCGAGCGAAGCUCUAUACACGACGCAAUCCAGCGCUAAGAUCAACAGCAGAAUUUCCAAAGACCAGGAAGUCUCUUGCGCGCACAACGCGGGCUACGAUUAGCGUAGACAUGAGGCCCAAGCGGUCGAGCAGCGUUACAGGAAGAAUAACAGACAAGCAACCGAAGACCACACCAAGGCACAUGCAGACCAAAGGACGUGGCCGAAACACAAAAGCCAUGAUGUCUACGUCGACCAAAUCAUCACGGCGUGCCACAACAAGCCGCACCAAGAAGGCAGCCAAUGUCACAAUAAGCAUCGCGACAAAAACGUCACUGCUCACCACAGACCAUAGGGUAACCCCAGGUGCACGAGAUGUUCCUAAACGAAGACCCAAGCCACGUGUCACGACACAGAAGCUAAGGACACAGGACACAGGCACUCGCAGAACAGGUGUAGGGCCUCACAAAAGGACACCGCAGAAUACACGGCGUCCAACAAAGAGGUACGCUGCCAACCGGGAGCGUAGCUCGAUGAGGUCAAGGAUCACGACGACCGGGCAAAAGUAUGCGCAUAAAAUUCACGACCAUUCUUCUUCUACGCACCGAACGUCUACGGGGCGAUGGUUCGUGAGGAGAGACAAGAAAAAGGAAGCCACCACUAAAAUCUUGUCCUCUCAGACAUUCUACACUGGUAUUAGAACGCCAUUGAAGAUAGCAGCCCGGCACCCGCAACGCGUUACCACAGCGAAGGGGCUGCCGACAGUACCGCUUACCGCGAGUGGUGGUAGCAAUAUCGUGAAACAAACCAUGAGGGCGCAACCGUCAUCCUACACAGAACCGUUUCAGACUGAGGACUACAGGGAACUAUAUGAUUUAAUGGACACGGGAUCUUACAAGACCAGCGCAAAGACAUCACCAGCUCAAAGAAAGGCUAUUAUCACAGCGAAGGCGACGAGAAAGAGACGCCCGAAGCACAAGCCCGCAACAACGCGAUUGCAGAGACGGACUACGGUUUUGACCACAGGUGUUCUUCCAUCGAUUGCGAGCUUGUUGUCGUUUGUAUCCAGCUAUUCCGUCUCAACCAAUGGGCACACUAGGACUUUGCCUCCUUUUGUACAUAGCGUCGUCAGCAAACGAGAGAGUACGAGACUUCCACCACUAGUGUCUCGGCAAACGAGACCAACAACUGUGACAGCUAAUCCAGCGGAAGACGAUCUGGAUCUGCAUACAACGAAGCCUAUUAAGGUUCAUCGGCAUUCCAUAUCGAACCACGAAAGUAUGACGAGUGCGAGACCAAUCAUAUCGGGCAUAAGAGGAAGUACAUUUAUCAAUCUAGAGGACUUAAUUUAUAUUAGGGACGUAGACGUGUAGGGACAUUGACGUGACAGCAACACUACUGUGCAGCAGAAUUACGCGUAUAAUAAGACACAUCAGUGACCUCCCGCAUGUCAACCCUGACCUUUACAAAUUUGUACAUUAAAACAUUACUGUGCAGCAUG